AUUGAUUCAACACUCAUCGGAGUCCGCAGCAACCAUGCCGGUGUUCAAGGCGCCGUUCAACGGCUACUCAGUAAAAUUCAGCCCCUUCUACGAAUCCCGCCUCGCCGUCGCCACCGCACAAAACUUCGGAAUCCUCGGAAACGGCAAGAUCCACGUCCUCGAGCUCUCCCCCGGGCCCCCCGGCGUAACCGAAUCCGUCUCCUUCGACACCGCCGACGCCGUCUACGACGUCUCCUGGUCCGAAUCGCACGAAUCCGUCCUCGUCGCCGCCAUCGGAGACGGAUCCGUCAAGAUCUACGACACGUCCCUCCCUCCCCCCUCGAACCCGAUCAGAUCCUUCCAGGAGCACGCGCGUGAGGUCCACUCCGUGGAUUACAACCCCACGCGCCGCGACUCCUUCCUGACCGCCUCGUGGGACGAUACCGUUAAGCUCUGGGCCAUGGAUCGUCCCGCGAGCGUCAGGACCUUCAAGGAGCACGCCUACUGCGUCUACCAAGCGGUUUGGAACCCGAAGCACGGCGAUGUUUUCGCCUCUGCUUCGGGGGAUUGUACUCUAAGGAUAUGGGAUGUGCGCGAGCCUGGGUCGACUAUGAUCAUCCCUGGUCAUGACUUUGAGAUACUGUCUUGUGAUUGGAACAAAUAUGAUGAUUGUGUUUUGGCGACUUCGUCGGUUGAUAAGACGAUUAAGGUGUGGGAUGUGAGGAGUUAUAGGGUGCCCGUGGCUGUGCUUAACGGGCAUGGCUAUGCGGUUAGGAAGGUUAAGUUUUCGCCGCAUCGGAGGAGUUUGAUUGCUUCUUGCUCUUAUGAUAUGAGUGUGUGUCUGUGGGAUUAUAUGGUGGAAGAUGCGUUGGUUGGGAGGUAUGAUCAUCAUACUGAGUUUGCUGUUGGGAUUGAUAUGAGUGUUCUUGUUGAGGGGUUGAUGGCGAGUACGGGUUGGGAUGAGCUUGUUUACGUUUGGCAGCAAGGGAUGGAUCCAAGAGCGAGUUGAAAUUUGAAACACGAGUGUGUGGCUGUGAUGAUUAAAACAAUUGGUUUAGUAAUAAAGUUGGGGAUCUUUGCAUUAAAAAACGAUGUAAUUGAUGGAAAUUUCAUAUAUGAAAGAAGGUUUUCUUUUGGAAUUUGUGAUUGAUUAUAAUGAAUGUAUGUGUUGAUGUAGCUACCAUCUCAGUGUCUAUGGACUUACUUCAUGGAUGUGUUGCCAUAUGUUGUCACUAAAUUGUGUACAACUGUUUGAAUCAAAACUUGAAAUUAUUUAAAUCUAACCUCAUA